UGUGUCUCUGUUCUUCGCCGCCCAAGGAGAAUCCACCAGACGGAGCAAAGGCGGACGAACAGCACCCUCGCCGUGGAGCUGGUCGACGGCGGCUAGGCUUACCCUCCUCCGUCAGUCAGCCGGGGCAGGCCUAAGCAAGAGGAUUUCUAAUCAAGGGGCCUUAGUUCUAGACGAUGAAGAUGUCCGAUUUAUUUAGUGGGAUUCAAGCAGCUAUGGUUAUCAAUCGAGUAGAGAACAGCGAGCAGUCACCUGAAGAUUGGAAUAGCGACUGUGAUGGAUCCGGUGGUUCAUCAGGUUUGCCAGGCACGCCGUGCUUUACGUCCAGGCUAUCUUUGCUCAAAGUUGGUUCGGUCAUAGGCCAGUUUAGUGAUUUUAAGCGACAGUUAAUCAAGGAAACCGGAUUCGAUGGAAUGCUAGAGCUCAAAUCAUGGCAGAAGAUCAGCCUUAAGUACAGCGCUUACCUAAUGGAUAGGGUUGAUGUAGAUUCCAGCAUAAUAAAUUUAGAGGGCCAAGGUGUGCUUGAAUUACGUGACCAACACUUUAAUUCUGUUUUUGGCAUCCCAUGUGGUAAUACAGUCAUAGAAGGUGAAGGCGUGGAGCCGUCAGAAGCAUGUAUUGAGUACACGCGUGUGGCUGCAUCAUUUAGCGAAAGAGGCACGCACAGUCUUAAAGCGGCUGAGGCGUACUUAAAUCGAGCCAUCACAGAAUCAUCCACACAGAUAGAGAAGGACUGUUUCAAGAUUGCAUUUGUUAUUUUUGUAGUCGGUCAUGUACUUGCUCCUACUGCUAAGCACGAUUAUAUAUCGAUAGACUUUUGGGCUGCACUGAAUGAUAUCAGCAAGAUAAAGGAUUGGAAUUGGGGAGGAUAUGUACUGAAGCAUCUGUUCCAAGCUGUGAGGAAGGUCAAAGCAGAUGUGUCCAAGAGAAACCCAACUGUCCACAUAGUUGGCUGUCAUCUGUUCCUGCAGAUAGUCUUGAUCUAGGCGUUCUAAACAUGUUGCGAGGUGUAACACCGCGGAUAGGUCUGUACAACUAUGAUGCGAUGAAGAAGAUGGUGGAAAAAAUUACAGUCAAUGUUGGUGCGGGUGAAGUUUCCUUCCACGGUGCAACGGUACGGACCGAGCUGUCAGUGAGCAAUCUAAUUGGCUUCCCUUCUAAGGAAUGUCCCACAGCAAAGCCGGCACCGGCUCCCAAGAGGGGAAACGCCACAUGCACACCGAUGUUGCGAAGUAGUUAUGCCAAAACUGGUCCGCAGGAGUUUUCAAAUUACAUACGAACACGCUACCCAAGUAUAUCAGCGCAGAAGCUUGGUAUACUUCUACGGGAGCAGAAUGCUCGCGGCCUAGCAAACAUAUCAGAAAUGCGUCAAGCGUUCCAGUCCAAUAUGUUUAAUUUCACAGACAAGCUUAUGUCAUGCUUAGCAGAGAGUUGCACUUGUUGUAAGGCACAUGGCAACAAAAAAUGCAUCUUGGAAAACGAAGGAACAAAUACUUACGACCCCCCCCCCCUCAUGUAUCAACAGAUCAAACUCAAUUCUGCACGCCGUUAGCCAGCAAGAUUGGACCCCGACUACCAGCACCAGGCAACCCUGGGAGGUUGCCUGUCUGUCAAUAGUUCCGUGUCUAGGAAAAGGGAUGGCAGUUUAUCAUCAAGCAUACAGUCGGGCACAGCAAAGAAAACAUGUUCACGAGAGACAGAGACUGCCCUCGCCGCAACACCAACAUGUGCAAAUACCCGGAUUCAUAUUGUUUGGAUCAACCACCGAUGGAGCACAUUUGAAGAUCGAUCUCCCUCAAUGCAAAUUUGGAAGAGAUCCUUGGGUCGCCGGAUCAGUCCCAGUGCCACCAAACCCAACUGUACUCAAGGCCAUAAAAGACUGGAUGAGUGCAACCUCGAUGUUAAACCUUGAGAGGAAAUGGAUCGUGCAUCCUAAGCCAAGACUCGUAACAUUAGAGGGUGUUGAAAUCCAGCGUCAGCUUGCAUCUAACGAUGCAAUGACCCAUGAGAUGGCUACAGCUAUUUUUCGUAGGCUUGGGCAAGUUGAUUUGUUUUUCUCAAAGGACAGUACUGGACAGAUAUGGAGGAAAUUCGUCGAGCCCGACUUUGCUACAACUGUUUUAUCGAACGCCAACCCAAUGACCGUACAAUCAAUCAGGGCCAGCUUCCAAGAAGGAACAACAUCCUGCAACCCAGCUUCGUGCCGAAUGUGGUACAUCCCGACAAUACUGCCUGAUGGUUGGACUGUCUAUGCUUUUGAUAUGUUGCGCAAAAGAAUAAUUGUAUUAGACCCAGCAGUUGGCCCGUUUGGCUAUAGCAACCGCCGAGUCAGCAUGCAUGAAUUUGUUAGCAACAAACUCCAUGCCGCGUUGUUCACAUGCCUCCAAAAUUUCUUCAGCUCUUGGCAUUGUGAAUCAAGCCACUAGGGGCGCACUUUUCCGAUCAUAAUGAGGGAAAAGAUUGAGAAACUGGGUUGUGUGCCACCUUCUUUGCAUGGAAUUACGAUGGCGACAAGCUACAGAUACCACUAAACGAAGACACACUUGCAUCACACAGCAGCCUAAUGAUCUACGAACUAAUGAGGAUGCAAGGCAACCAAACUCCAGUAGCAAACGACGCCCUUGAAGCGGUCAAAGUAUCAUUCACUGCUCUUUAGAAUACCGUUCUAACUACCGGAAUUUUCUUCCCAACUGGAUUGUAUUAUAACUAGAGAUUACAACCAUUUCACGGGCCAC